AGGUGAUUCCAUUCUAUUCUGAGGUGAUAAUGAAAUUUUGCAAAUUUUAGAGCACAUAAUGCAAAUUAAAUAUAUAGCUUCUCGCUUGAGUAGCAUUUGCAACUUAAUAUUUAUGAGAACAUCUGCGGAUUUAAGCAGUUUAAAAAUAGAACCAGGUACUAGGAAUUUUAACACGCUAAAGUCAAAAGUCUAUCAGAAUUGCUCACGUACUCGACCUUACGCCAGCAAAUAUUUUAAACUUUUCAACUGGAGAAUAAAAUAUCCAAUUACCAAUUAAUGGCCGAAUACAACUGUUGCAAACCUAACCAAAAUAAUAAUUUUGCAAGUAUUCCGCCAGACAAACCGGAAGGAGACCGACGACAAUACAAGCAAAGAUUUUUCUGUUUGUUAUGUGAACUUCAAAUCCCGGACGAAACGAUGGUCGAAGAUGUGCGGGUACGACCCUCCGUUUUAAAAUAUCCUCCAGGUGGUGGUCAAGAAUACUUUCCGUUUCUUGAGCAAAUUUCAAAACGUGCUUCGUCCACACUGAUGACGACGACCAGUAGUGACUAUGUGACGCUGUGCAGUUACUGCAGUUGCAUUUUGCGAGCACAAUGGGCUAUCUACGAGCAGCAGCCAGGAAAAUUGGUACCCCCUGAAAAACGAACCUAUCAACCUCACAUCUUCAUUUGUGGAGUGUGUGGGGUUCAGACUUAUCGAAGAAGAGUGAGAGCCUUACCGACCGAUGAAUUCCCAUUUCUGUUUUCAAGAAGAAAGCCUGGGAGUGUUUGUCUGACGCAGCACACAGCUCCUCACACAAAAGUCCAAGUCGUGGUUUGUUUGGACUGCUUUGAAACGCUAAGUCUCCAAAAGGCGGACUAUGAUAGGAUGGGUGUCCCCUUGCUUCAGAGGGGUUACAGUUGGGUCAGCAGGACUGACUCUCCGACUAGGGUACAAAAUAUACCCGUGGCGGCUUCGUCACGUAGAUACGACAAGGGUCCGACAGGAAGCUCUGUUCACACGUUAAGUCAAUCUUCCAAAUCUUUUCGCCCUCAACGUGUUUCAGUGUCUGGAUUUCCGGGACAGGCGUUUUAUCCUACAACGUCUCACUCUGUGACCAACACCAACACUCCUCCUGGAUCAUAUCAACCAUCUCGACGAUGCUCAGUAUCACAAAUACCGUGCAGUAGCAGUAAAUACUCAUCCGAAGUACCCCAAUCUUCACUCAAUUUAUUACGAUCCGAAUUCACUCCAGGAAUUCAUUCCAGGCUCCAUUACCCGACACCACCCUCAACUUCAUCAUUUCGUGAUUCGACAAGCCUGGACCGAUUACAACCUCAUAGAUCGAUUCUAAAUGAACAAUCCCCUGCUUCGAAUACCUUCUCUAAAUCAUCAACUUUGCAACCGCCCAUUAUUGAGGGAACCCCGUCAUUGUAUAAUUCCCACUGUGAUUUACUCCCACAGCAAUUCGAGCUCAAUAAUAAUAAUCAUCACACCGGCAGAGAAGGCGUUACAUAUUCUCUAUUUUAUUUUCAUCAACUUUAUCUUCAACUAAAACGAGAGACGCAAGGCAACGAGUACACGAAUAGUCAUUGUUAUCAAAAGGAUUUUGGUGCCAGUGCGAAUCCUUGCCAAACUCCCAGCUUGGAGUUGAGUCAUUUAUCUAGAAACAGUAAAAGCUACCCCUCGUCAAACUAUUAUUGGCCCUGUCCCGAACAUCCGCAUUACUCACAUCCAGUAAACAAUUCGGAUCAAGGGAAACUCAAAAAUACUGAAGAUAUGGAAACAAAUUAUACCAAGGAUGGUUUAUAACCCAACCCGACCUAAUACGGCUUUUAUAGAACCAUCCUGUGGCAAGAUCAUUUAUGCACAUGGGUGCAAGUUGACAUGACUGUUUUAUAAAUUGUCCUAGAAACUUGAAAUUAAUAUAGCAAGUAUUUUAAAAAAUUAUGAAUUUAUUCCCUUGGCCACCAACUAUGCUAUUUCUAUAUCUAAAAUAAGUAUAAUAUUAUUCUUAUCCAAGGUUGAAGGUGUAAAAGACGAUUUUCAUCAAAUGACCAAAAUAAAGAAGAUAAUUUUGUA